UAAUGAUGAUUUUCUCCACGUAUAUAAAGAGGGUUAGAUGAAAGGAUUCUUUGGAACAUUCAUAUAAAUUUCUAACUUAGUACUCUACACAACGAGAAAAUAAGAAAAGUAAAAGGGAGCUUAAAGGAUGGGGCUCAAAUCAAACUUUGUCACGUUACCAUUGUUGUUAUUGUUGUUGUCUACCGCUAAAGGUCAAUCUGCUGGUGGUGCUGCUGCUGCUGGUGCUGCUACUGGUGCUGCUGUUGGUGCUACUGCUGGAGCUGUUGGUGCUGCUGCUGGAGCAGCUGUCGGUGCAGCUGCCGGUGCUGUUGGUGGUGCGGCUGGUAACGCUACUGGUGGUGCGGCUGGUAACACUACUGCUGGUGCGGCUGGUAACGCUACUACUGGUGCUGCUGGUAAUGCUACUGGUGGAGCCGGUGGUGUUUUUGAUGUCACCACCUAUGGUGCCAAACCUGACACCGAUAUUACUGCGGCUUUAAUAAAUGCCUGGAAGGAGGCAUGUGCGUCGACCACUCCAAGUAAAGUGUUGAUUCCAAAAGGAUCUUAUCAAUUUACUGGAGCCACUAUCAACGGUCCUUGCAAGAGUUCUAUUGAGCUUCAAGUCGAAGGGACGUUAAAAGCUCCGCCGGAACCAAAAGGAGAAGGGUGGCUUUUUGUGGAAUAUGUUGAUUUUUUGACAAUAUCAGGCACUGGAGUCUUUGACGGCAAUGGAAAAGCAGGCGAUGAUUGUAUAUCUGUUGGAGAUACUAACAAACAAAUUGUUAUUAGUGAUGUGACUUGCGGACCUGGACAUGGCAUUAGCAUAGGAAGUUUGGGCAAGUACACCAAGGAGAAAGAAGUGGUAGGAGUUACAGUAAAAAAAUGCAAAUUAAUCAAUACUUCGAAUGGUGUUAGGAUCAAAACAUGGCCAGAUGCUGCUGUCUCAUUCCCAGCCACUGACAUGCAUUUCGAAGAUAUUGAAAUGACUAACGUUAGCUUUCCCAUCAUUAUAGACCAAGAAUAUUGUCCAUGGAAUCAAUGCAACCGAAAGGUUCCAUCAAGCAUUAAAAUCAGUAAAGUUAGCUUCAAGAAUAUCAGAGGUACUUCUGCUACGCCGAUCGCAGUCAAAAUUGUUUGCAGCAAAAGUGUACCAUGUGAGGGUGUGGAAAUUGCUGAUAUAGACCUUACUUACAACGGAAGUCAAGGACCAAUUAAAUCUCAGUGUGCAAAUGUGAAACCCGUCAUUACUGGAAAGCAAAACCCUCCCAUCUGUGCUGAAGUUGCCCCUGCUGAUGCUCCAUCAAUUGAUUAAUCUUUUUCUCGGGCUUAGAAUCACAAUAAGUUUCAUGGAAAACCAUUUUGUAGUUCACUUUUUUUCAUAAUAUAAUUUUUCUCUUAAGUA